AUGAUGGUCUCUGCUCCGGUCCAACUGCUGUGGCUUCAUACAAUCCUGUCCGGCACCCUUUCGUCACUGAGUGCUUCGAUAAGAUAUCUUCGCUCCAUCACAUUUAUGCAGUGGCUUCAAUUUAUCGUUACCAUCUUGUCGUUUUGUCUUAUCGAAGAGACCAUGGAGGUAGCUAUCAAUGACAGCCUUCAAUCGUCUAUAGGCAACCAGAACCUCAGUGGUGACCUAGAAACAAAGGAAGCUAGGUCAGUGGGCCGAAUCAUUAUGGUUCACUAUGCUGUAUCCAAAGCUGUGAAGCUCCUGUUAUGGGUUCCAGCUACUGUUGCGGCUGUACAAGCGGCUCCUGAUAUACACAGAGGGGACCCUGGUCAAAUCACACAUGGGUUCUAUGCCAGCAUGGUCGAAUGUAUGAAGUCGAUACCACUGUCGCUAUGGUACAGGUGCGGUAUCUACUACAGUGUUGCGGCGGCUAUUGGGGUCUUGUCCAAGGUAGUUGACGCUAUAUUCGUCGUGAACGUCACAUUAGGCAAAUAUGUUGAAGAAUCCUCACACCUUGGGGAGACUACUUUGUUGCCAUGA